AUGAUCAAUCGGGUUCGAAUGACUCAGAUCACUCAGGGAUUUUUUGCAUACGGAUCACCUCGGUGUUCUGUCCACAAUAUUGCCUGGUCGCACAAGCGCCAUGCGUUGUAUCACCGCCCACGUGCCGUUCCGCGGCUAUCGCGCUACGUGGAGCUGCUUGUUGACACCGGAGUCCUCCUCACUCCCCGCUUCAGCUCUCAUUGCUACACCUUUGGAAAUAAUCUGCUCUACUUCUACGCGCGACAUUUAUUUCUCACCUCGUGCCUUACUCAAACUCACCUUACUCCAAUGGCGUCGACCGUCGAAUUUGCAUCCUCGUUCAUCGAAGGUGCCCCGCCAGGCGAGCUUGCUGAUGUUGUUUCCGAUAUCAAAACCCUUACCUCCGACGGCGAUGACAUAAUCCCUUCGCUUGCACCCGCAUUUGAACGAUACAACGAAUCGCAGCUGGCGACGGUGAAGCUUCCUGGAGCUAGUCAAGAGGUCAUUGUGUCCGAAUUCAACAGGCUAGAGGGGAGCAGAUACUUUGAUGUGGAAAGCCAGACGUCCUUUGAAGUCGACCACAUUACGCAAAGCACUUCCGCGGCGCAGUCAUAUGUUUUGGAAUCACAGAAUGCGGAUUUGAUCAAAUCGCUCCUCAAAACACUGGGAGCACAUGCUAGGGAACACUACCCUUCGUCCUCGUACGGCGUAUACCCGAUCGAAAAAGAUUCGGCUAUUGCUAUUUUACUGGUCGCGAACCGUUACUCUCCCAACAACUUCUGGAACGGCCGGUACCGCUCUAUCUACCAGUUCCCUGUGGGUGACUCCACCACGAUAACGGGCAAGAUCCACGUCGACGUGCAUUACUAUGAAGACGGAAACGUCGCCCUGAACACAACUAAGCCGCUGAACAUUUCUGUACCGAACGCCAGCGCCGAGAGCAUUAUUUCGCGCAUUGCGUCUGCCGAGCGUAACUACCAGGAAGAGCUCAACAAGGCCUUUGGUCAGAUGGCGGAGGGUGCCUUCAAAUCCCUGCGAAGACAGCUUCCCAUCACGAGGCAGAAGGUCGAGUGGGAGAAGGUUGGUGGGUACCGGCUUGGACAGGAUAUCUCUGGUGGAAAGGGGCGGUAGGCUGGACCUCAGUGGUUUUUCUCUGUGAUCACUCUUGAUCUAUUGCAACGAAAACCUCCUUCUCGCCAGCCAAUACAUCACUCGCUUGAGGACUUGUCAUCUUACGGGCUGUGAUUGACUACAUCGAAGCUGAUAAAUGCAUAUUAUAUCAGCCAU